GCCAUUGGGCCGGGCCGGGGCCGGGCCGGGCCGGGCCGAGAGUCACUGGCCCCGAUGGCUUCGUACUUCGAGGAGCACAACUGCGAGCCCGGCGAGCCCGCGGAGCGCGCGCGGGAGAACGUGCUGCUGGAGCUCGCGCGGACCCUGUUCAAUGGGCAGCAGAUCGACCUGGGCUCCGUGGACUUCACCGACUGGGAUCAGCGGCUGCCCCCGCCGGCCGCGCGCCGGGCCGUGCUGAGCCUCCCCACGGUGCAGGUGACGCCGGCCCAGGCAGACAAAGGGCUGAAAUGCCCCGUGUGCCUGCUGGAGUUCGAGGAGGAUGAGGGGGCCAGGAAGAUGCCCUGUGAGCAUCUCUUCCACUCGGGCUGCAUCCUGCCCUGGCUGGGGAAGACCAACUCCUGCCCCCUGUGCCGCCACGAGCUGCCCACGGACGACCAGGAGUACGAAGAGUACAAGAAAGACAAGGUGCGGAGGCAGCAGCGUGAGCACCGGCUGGAGUACCUGCAUGGGGCCAUGUACACGUGACUGGGGGGGGCCCCACCUUGGCCCCUGCCUGCCUGGGGCACUGGAUGCCCUUUCUGGGUGGGGGGCUCUCAGGGUCGGUGGGGGUGACCCAUCAGGAUGGGUACAUUCCAGAGCUGGGUCCACAGGGGGUGUCCUGACAUGGACAGGGCCCUUCCUUUGCUGACCAGCCCCAGCAUCCCCAUGGAACAGCCCUGGGCGUCUCCCCCACUUCGCUGUGGGAUCACCACAGGGGCAGGAGUAACUGACUCCACCCUCCCAUCCAGCCAUCUCUCCAGGCUGAUUAAAGCUGUUUUUCUCUGA